AUCCAACCAAAUUUCAAUGCGCGUCACCUAAGUAUUACUUACACUCCUGAUAAAAUAAACAUCUCUUAUUUCCACCCUAUAACUUGCAUAAAAGCAAUAGCAUAGGUUAUGCAGAUAACUCAACUAUACAGGGUGAGUGAUUAUUGCCGGGGUCCUCGAUGCCGCCGUAUUAAAUCUAUCAGAAAUACAAAAGUCGCCUGAUGAAUAAUCAAGGUUCUAUUGAGCACCCUGGCACUAAUGACUGUAUUUUUAAAAUAUCCUAUAUUUCUUAUCACACAUGACACAUGUAUGAUACUUGUAAUAGUUUUAUUUUAGAGCAAUUGACGGCGACUGCUCAUAAUAACGAUAUUCAGCAAAUUAAAAAAGAUGUUGCAAACAUAAAACAAGACAUUUGCAAUAUUAAACAGGAAAUCAAAUUCCAGAACACCAAACUAAAUCUUAAUUUGGAUAAGAUUUAUGAUCUUUUAUCAGCCAAAAAAAAUAUCGCAUGUAACUGUGAAAACGAAUUUAUCAGGAAAAAUUAUGUUCCAAUUAUUCCUACUGAAGAUUUGUUAGAAAAAUACAAGUUCCCGCUCUCUUCCACUGCGGAUAUUUCUAUACUGGACGAAGAGAUUCGUAAUAAUAUUGAAUUUAAAGGGCAGUUGGUUUUAGCUUUAUCAAGAAUUGGAGGCACCAGUGGAAACGAAGACGGGGCAAAAAUAGCAUAUAAAAUAAUAGACUUUUUGUUUCGCCCAGAUGUGCUGGUAAAUUACACGUGGACGGGAAUAUCCAGAGGCAAAUCGAGUGAGAAAAUGACAUUUCAAAUACUGGAAGGGAUAGUUACUGUAUUGUUUGAAGUUAUUUCACUUGCCGAUAAUCGUCACACAAAGCAAAAGAAUGCUUACAUAUUGAAAGAGGGGAUUUUGAAACAUGCUAAAAAAAGAAGUCUGCGUAAAAGAGCAAUUAUUCUACCUAAAGAUCAAAUUAAUGAAAAUGUUGUUGAAAGCAGAGAGGAUGAUGAUGAAAAAGUAGGAUCCCAGAAUAAAGAAAUUUUAGAAACAGAUGAUAAUAAUUGAUAUUAUUUUGUUGUAAUGGAAUCAAUUUCUUUAAAU